AUGGGCUGGAUUAUCAAGAAUGAAGAGGGCGCAGUUCUGUGUCGCGGUACGUCCAACAGAAGAUUUGUAGGCUCAGCGCUUAUAGCAGAAGCACUAGCUAUGCGAGAUGCAAUCAACCAGGCCAAAGACCUUUGCCUUCCCUGUCUCCACAUUUACUCGGACUCUCAGGUCCUCAUCUCUACCCUUUGUGAAGGGCGGGAUUUGAAUGAGAUCGCAGGCAUCAACAAAUUCAUCGCUAAAUUUUCAAUCCCUUUGCUUUCUUUCCAAGUAAUCUCCCAAAACAAUCCUUUUACAAUGAGCCUUAGACUCAUUCUCUCAGACAUUCUCCAGAAAAUUUUAGCCGCCGUUGUAUUGGCCGUAGUUAUAAGAUUCUGGCAUCCAAAGGGAGGAACAGGAGGAAAAUUGGGUUGGAUCAUAACUGGAUUAUCUGUAACCGUGUUUCCAAACACUCUCAUUAUUGGAAUCCCUAUCUUAAGUGCCAUCGAUGGAGAUGCAGCAAAAAACAUCUUGGUGCAGAUUGUUGUGUUGCAGUGCUUGAUUUGGUCCAACAUCUUGCUCUUCUUAUUCGAGAUUAAUGCCACGUGGGACUUACAAUCUUCCGGAGCUUCCAUAGAACAUAGAGUCAAUGACAAUGAAGAAACUGAUAUAGAGCAAGAGCCAAUAGAAGAAGAAGCAAUAGUGAGAACAAGAUCUUCUGGAACUGGGAAGAUAAUACUGAAGGCUUGGAGAAAGUUCAUAGUUAAUCCUAAUACAUACGCAGCAAUGAUUGGAUUAAUCUGGGCUACUUUACAUUUCAGGUGA